AUGCCCAAGAUGGGUUUGAUCGGUACAAUUCGGAAGCGCCACCAGGAACGCAAGGACAAGAAGAAAGCAGUACGCCAGACCGCACAACGAAACGAACAGCCUGAGUCCGACACCAACCAGUCACAUAUCGAGCCCACGACACCUACGCCGGCCCAGCACCUCCCCUUCACAGGCCCCACACGGUUCUUCUCCCUCGGCCGCAAACGCGGCGUACCCAUCGGCAUGUCCACCUACGAACAGCUCCCCAACGGCGUAGAACCCGCACUCAUCAACCACUCCUGCCACCUAAUGCAAUAUCCCAGCGGAGAAGAGCUACCCCGUAGCUCUCCCUUAGCCACACCCCCACCCGCGGAGGCAGCCUCAGACUCCAAAGACGCCAGCCCCAAAACCUGGCUCAGCCGUGUAGGCGGCUCCCUCCGCCGUAAGCCAAGCGGCAUACGCUCAGCCUUCUCAUACACGCUGCCACGAAACUGGAAGACCAACAACAACAACAGCACCGGCGUCAGUGCAAAGACCCUCGCAGAGACAGCGCACGAGUACAAAAAGUCUCAAAUCCAACGUCUCGAUCCCAGCGCCAUCGACGCCGCCAACGACGACGGGCGUGGAAGAAGCCCCCUCCCGCACCACUGGCGCGAGCAAUCCAGUUCUCCGGUCUCACACUCACGCGAUGGUGUCGUGAACAGGAUGAGCGAUACGACUAUGGAAGGAAGUGAGAUGGGGGAUUGGAUUGAUCCAGAUGAAGAGACGAGGGAGCAGGAGUUUGAGGAUUGGAUAGUGCAUAAUCGGUUGUUUGUUGAGGGGGAGGGGCUUGAUGAGGCGAGUAGAAGGGUGUCGAGGGUGAGUGCGCUGUCGAAGAGGAGGUAUAGUGAUUAUUAG